UAUUUCCCACACGGCAGGCCACUGCAGAGCGAGGCAUACCCGUGGAUAAGUGUUCACCCCCUUCCGGAGCCAAGGGUGCCUUUGGAGACACGCCACACCUUUUCGAGGAUGGAUGUUGAUUUGUGUGCUGGUGGCCGGGCCGGUGGUACCAGAAGAAAAGUGGAUGGUGGGGUUGCAGAAGGAACAAUGGAGGUUGUACCACUGGAGAUGUACGACUCGGCCAGAGCAAAAAUAGCUGGCAACCUGCGGUGGCUGUUUGCCACAGCCUAUGGCAUUGACCAUAUUCCAGAGGACUUAAGGGACCCGUUCUACACAGACCAGUACGACCAGGAACACAUUAAGCCGCCCGUCAUCCACCUGUUGCUGUCCUGCGAGCUCUACUGCCGCGUCUGCGCCCUCAUCCUCAAGACGGAGCAGGCGGCGUCUCUUCAGUCCCACCUCUCGGUCAUCCAGUCUCUGUCCAGAAAGGGCAUAUAUGUUGUGGAAAGUGACGAUACGCCGGUCACAGACGGGGACCUCGCCUGUGUGCCCAUCAAAAUGAGUGCCCACAUGCCAAUGAUCGAUGCCCUCAUGAUGGCUUACACAGUGGAGAUGAUCAGCAUCGAGAAAGUCGUGGCUUCUGUCAAGCGUUUUUCUACCUUCAGUGCCUCCAAGGAGCUGCCCUUUGACCUGGAGGACGCUAUGGUCUUCUGGAUCAACAAGGUGAACACGAAGAUGAGGGAGAUUUCAGAACGGGAGCACAAAGUCAAGCACCAUCCCCUGGAAUCCCCCAGCCACCAAAAGGUGCGGUAUCGCCGGGAGCACGCUUCAGGCCGCCAGCUGCCCUUCUUCCCUCUGCUGGAAGACCUGAUGAGGGAUGUUUGUGACGGCGCCGCACUGCUCACUGUCGUCAACUACUAUUGCCCAGACCUCAUGAAGCUGGAGGAUAUUUGCCUGAAGGAAGUCCCCUCCAUUGCGGACAGCCUGUACAACAUUCAUCUACUCAAAGAGUUUGCCAACGAGUACCUGAAUAAAAGUUUCUAUCUGACUAUGGAGGACAUGCUCUACUCGCCGCUCGUGCUCAAGCACAAUGUAAUGGUGUUCAUCGCUGAACUCUUCUGGUGGUUUGAGACUGUCAAGCCAGAGUUUGUCCAGCCCAGAGACCUCCAAGAGUUCAAAGAUGCUCGAGCAAUAGCUCAGCCCAAGUGUGCCCGCCCCUCAGUGCCUAUCUCCAACGCCACCAAGCGCAGCUUCCUGGUCAGCCCCGGUUCGGCCGAUAACCAGAGCAGCCCUGAAGUCUGUAACAGGUACUUCCUGCACCCUGAAGACUCUGACCCGCUUAAAGGGGGUCCAACCUUCAGUCCUUCCCAUCCGCUCCUGCCUCUCAGACAGAGGCAACAAAAGCAGCAAGGGGAAGAUGGUGCAGGACUCAGAAGCCGCUCCAACUCCCUGACCCAGAUGGACGGACAACCCCGAGGCUCUGUGGUGGCGUGGCCCGACAAAAGGCAGAGACCACUGUCCACGCUGAGCCCCUACAUGCUUCAUUCGGCCAUAGACGGCGAUGCAGACGUUGCUUCUGGCGACAGUGUGAGUCUGGCUCGCUCCAUAAGCAAGGACAGCCUGGCGUCCAACGUCAUCAACGUCACGCCCAAACACCAGACCGCCGUCCACCAGCCUCUACAGGCGGCGAUGCGGCGAGUCAACGGCCACAGCCUUCUGGGAAAUGUCAACAUUGAGGACGGGGUGGAAACUCCGGUGGCAGUUGCGAGGACUGACGCUCCCGUCGUCGCCAAACGGGUCGACGGGACGCAAGCGACGGCCACAGCGGAGUCCACGCCUGCCCCAGAUGGCUUUUACCUAGAACCGCUGAUGCCUUCUGUGAUCAAAACGGCUAAGGAGAAGUCUGUAUGUCUAAACAAGCAGGAGGAGAGCGGCGAGGGGCCCCACUCCUCUGGAAGGGGCUCUCUACGCAUAGGAGACGGGUCUACAUCGGCUGUUCGUAGAAAAGCUCCACCCGCCUUGAACCAAACCUUUACCCCGCCGGGCGACCAGGCAGACCUGUUUGAGGAGUCUCAACCGGGUCGGGCAGAUUUCUGCCCCAUAGUUAGCAGCAGUGCGGACCCCUCAUCCAGAGAGCCAGUUGGGGGUUUCUACCUUCAUUCAGAUUCUGAAGAACCAAAGUCUACCCAGGGCCUGGACGCUGAGCUUCAGGACCUGGACGAAGAGGAAGAGGAUCUGGAUGAAGCUCUGACCACGAAAGACCCCAACUGGUCCAGGAAAGCCCUUCGUGAGGACGAUGAUGAAGAAGACGAAGAAGAAGAAGAAUCAGCCAAACUCCAAGAAGACAUGAAUGUGAAAGAGCACGAGGACAAAGACAUGAACGGUGGCAGCGGUCGCUCCAGCCCCUGUCUCAGCGGUCACUCCCAGGCCAGCAGCAUGGCCAGUGGCAGUGUGCGCAUGACCUCCUUUGCGGAGCGCAAAGCCCAGCAACAGCGCUUCGGCAGCAACCAUGACCUCCGCUCCAGUGCCUCCAGUUCCCAAAGGACCACUCCAGAUGGAUCCGAGAGCAGCAGCUUGCCCCUGACUUCCUCCUGGAGGCUUAAAAGGGACCAGAGCCCCUCCUCCCCCUUGGGAGGAUGCAUCCGCGCCGGCGACGGCAGCGGCGGUUCUCAUGUACUGGCUUCUGAAAUCGUCCAGCUCCGUAUGCAGCUGGAGGAGAAGCGGCGGGCCAUUGAGCACCAGAAGAAGAAAAUGGAGGUGCUGUCGGCGAGGCAGAGGCAGAAGCUGGGGAAGGCGGCCUUCCUGCACAUCGUAAAGAGAGGCGGCGGCAAAAGUGACACGUUGCCCAACUCGCUCAAAGCCGACGUCGCCAAAGACAAGCUCAGUGCGGCGAGAGCGCCGGCGAGUAAAGACGACACGUGUGUCGACGCCCUCAGAGGGGACAAAGUGGUAUCGGGAACCAACCCGCCAGGUGCCUUAGAAGCAGAAAAGAAAGAGCCCAGCGGAAGCUUCCACCCAGAAGAAGAGUUGGACCUAAAUGAGUGCAUGCGCUCCAUCGACCUGUUGAACGACUCCAUCGGCAGCAUCCAGCAACAGAUGAUGCAGCUGUCCCUGCAGCAGGAGAUGAUGAUGAUGGCGAAACAGUCCCCGGUGGCCGCAACGCCAACGCCUCAUGUCGCCAGCGACAAAAACGGUGACGCGAAGGGAAAGGCGGGCUUCCACUUUGUGGAGCACAUCUCCAGCGCCGGCACCACUCCGACCAGGAAACCCCCCAAGCUGAGCUCAGGGAGGGCACCCAGGUCCAAACCGUCAGAGCUCAAGAUAGCCAAGGAGCAGGGCUGGCAGUCCUCCAGGACCCUCACCCCCACCCAGAGUGGGUCAGACGCGAUACCACACCUAAGGCAGUCGCCCGGGGGCAGGUCCCCCAGGACCGACCAGCCCGACAGCCAAAAGAACCCCACGGCAGCAGAGACGAUCGACAGGCCGGGCGCUGGCCACGUUCGGAGCGCCAACUUCCGCCUUCACGACGAGGCAAACGUGCGCCUGCCGACCCGCGUGGACCUGAACGCCGUGGUUCUCCCGGAAGUGUCCUUUGACGAGUGCCUGUCCAGCACCCUGCGAGAGUCUGACCUCAACUCCUCAGGCGGUUCAGGGAAGGAGAAUAAACCAUCAGGCGGGGGGCAGCGCAACAAAUCCACGCUGAUCGAGGUCGAUCUGUCUGAGCUGAAGGCGCCCGAGGAAGACGACGCCGCUGAGGACACGACGGGAGGAGGCGAUGGAGAGAAGUCGGUCAUGGGUUUCUUCUUCAAGGACGAGCAGAAGGCCGAGGACGAGCUCGCCAAGAAGAGAGCAGCGUUCUUGCUGAAGCAGCAGAAGAAAGCUGAGGAGGCUCGACUGCGUAAACAACAACUAGAAUCAGAAUCGGAGCUGAAACGAGACGAAGUCAGACGGAAGGCCGAGGAGGACCGCUUGCGUAAAGAAGAGGAGAAGACGCGGCGGGAGCUCAUAAAGCAGGAGUAUCUUCGGAGGAAGCAGCAGGAGAUGUUCGAGGAACAAGGCCUCGUGAAGCCCAAAACCCCCAAACCGAAGCAGAAACACAGACCCAAGUCCGUCUUCAGAGAGGAAUCUUGCGGCGACAAUUUCUCCAAGUGCUCUUCUUCCACGCCCGACAACCUGAGCAACGCCCAGUCGGGCUCCAGUCUGUCGCUCGCCUCCGCGGCGACCAACGAGGCCGACAGCGUCAACUCUGGAGGGGCCGGCUCUCAGCGCUGCGACUCCGUGGAGUCGUUUCCCGGCAGUCGGAACAACAGUCGAACCGCCGAAAGGGACUGGGACAACGGCUCCACCGCGUCCUCCAUCACGUCCAUGGCCGAAUACACCGGUCCCAAACUAUUCAAGGAGCCCAGCGCCAAGUCGAAUAAGCCAAUCAUCCACAACGCCAUCUCCCACUGCUGCUUGGCUGGCAAAGUCAACGAGCCUCAGAAGAACCAGAUCCUAGAGGAGUUGGAGAAGUGCGAGUCCAACCACCUGAUGAUCCUCUUCCGUGACGGCGGCUGCCAGUUCCGGGCGCUCUACUCGUACUUCCCCGACACGGAGGAGAUGCAGAAGCUGACGGGCACGGGGCCCAAGAGCAUCGGCAAGAAGAUGAUCGACAAGCUGUACAAGUACAGCUCGGACCGAAAGCAGUUCACCGCCAUCCCCGCCAAGACCGUGUCGGUCAGCGUGGACGCCGUGACCAUCCACAACCACCUGUGGCAGGCCAAGAGAGGCGCUGUGCCAAAGAAAAGCGGAAAGUAGCCGGGUUUUUCUUCUUUUUUUUUAACCCCCCCAGCCCCCCUUCGUCCAAAUCAUUGUAUCCCCAUCUCGCUUGUUCCCUGAAUGGAUUUGCAGUCCUCUGUAGGUGGA